CAAUGUGCCAUGCUCCAAGAGGAAGAGUGGCAGGUGCUCGAGUCCAUUUAUCCAGAUUGCCUUUCGAGCAAUCUUCCGGACAGGGUCAAGAAGCUUGAAAUCCCUGUCGAAUUUGGCGAUGCGAGGACCGUGUCUGUCGUCGGUGACGGUAGUCUCGUUAGCGCAGAGCUUUUGCAGGACACUCCUAUUCAUCGACUCGAUCCCAUCUCGAUCUCGAUCGCUUCGCUUCCCCCUGUGCUGCUUUAUCUCGUUCUACCGCCGACAUAUCCCUUGUUGGAUCCACCUCAAAUUGUUUCCCUUCAUGUGACAUGGCUUCCCCACACUGCACAUUUUCAGGAUAAGUUACUGGAGAUGUGGGAGCCUGGAGAUGGCACGCUUUAUAAUUGGAUUGAGUGGAUAAGGACCGCGGAAUUUUUGAACUAUUUCAGCUUUAUAGACGGACAGACAAUACGAAUAUUACAUGAAGCCCCUCAUCUGCUCGCGCCGUUGCUCACAUCGCAUGACGCGAACUCCAAGUCAUCUCAAUUCGCGCAAAAUUCUUAUACAUGCUCCAUCUGUUUAACAUCACACAAGGGGGCGAAAUGUCUAAUGCUCGUUUGUGGUCAUGUCUUCUGUCGCCCCUGUCUAGAAGACUAUUGGAAGCUAUUCAUCAAAGAGGGGGACGUGGCGCGGGUCGGAUGCCCGGAUCCUGCCUGUGUCAAACAGGGUCGGGAAUCCCACGAAGAGGAAGUCAGGAGGGUUGUCAGCGAGGACGAAGCGAGUCGGUGGAGAUGGCUUCGGGAGAAGAGAGUGCUUGACCAAGACCCGACCAUCGUGCACUGUCCCAUGGCCCUCUGCCAAGCAGCCGUACCGAAACCAAAUAAUGCGGACGAGCAGAGUUCAGGCUGGGAGAGGUUGCGGACGUGUCAGUCGUGCGAUUAUUCGUUUUGUGCAUUCUGUAAACGUACAUGGCAUGGGCCCCUGACGGACUGCCCGAUACCCAUCGCGGAAAAUUUUGUUUUGGAGUACAUGUCACUGGCGGAUGGCUCACCAUCGCGAGCGGUACUGGAGCAGCGGUAUGGAAAGGCGAAUAUCACUCGGCUGGUCGCGAAAUACAAGGAAGACCAGGCGAAUCGAGAGUGGCUGGAGAGCAGCACGAUGGCGUGUCCCGGUUGUCAGAUCAAAGUGGAGAAGUCGAUAGGCUGCAACCACAUGACAUGCGCGAAAUGCAAGCAGCACUUCUGCUACCGCUGUGGUGCGAAGCUGAACGCAAACAAUCCGUACGAACAUUUCUCGACGCCGGGGCGUCGGUGCUACUCGAAGCUGUUCGACUACCAGAGCGUGGAUGAUGAGUGGCAGCCGAUGGAGGGGUUCGAUGCGGCGGGGAUAUGAUGUGGACCAGUAUAUUGUUGGAUGAAUGUAGCGCUAUGCGGCGGGUACAGUACAUACUACAGACAUGUUUCGGCCGAG